AUGAUGGAAGAGGUUUUAGAUAUCGAUGGAUCUGUUUAUGAGGGUGGUGGACAAAUCCUUCGCAAUGCUAUUGCUUUCAGUUGUUUAUUACAACGCCGUAUUCGUGUUUGGAAUAUCCGUGCUGGCAGAAGUAAUUCUGGUCUCAGACCUCAACAUUUGACUGGAAUCCAGUUAAUAGAAUGGAUGUCACGGGGCAGAUUAGAAGGUGCUACAAUCGGAUCCACAGAAAUAACAUUUCAUCCAGCAUUUGUGAAUGGUGGUCAAUAUGAAGCUGAUACUAAAACUGCUGGGAGUGUUUGUUUGUUGAUGCAAGCUGCUGUUCCAUGUAUGAUGUUUGGAAAUGGUCCAAUUGAACUACGUUUAUUGGGUGGAACCAAUGCAGAAAUGGCACCACAGAUUGACUAUCAAAUAAUGGUCUUUAAGCCAAUAGCUGAAAAAUUUGGUGUCCGUUUUAACUGUGAUAUAAAGAGAAGAGGUUAUUACCCCAAAGGAGGGGGAGAAGUAUUUAUUCGCUCUCAACCUGUAAAGUAUCUUCAAUCUGUAAAUAUGACAAAUGCUGGACAAGUGACCAGGAUCUAUGGUCGAUCAUUUGUUGCUGGGCAACUUCCUCCAAAGGUUGCGCAUAUCAUGGCUGAACAUGCAAAAUCUACUUUGAAGCAAAAGAUGCCAAAUAUUCCAAUUCAUAUAGAUGUGCUUAAAGAACCUAACCACCUGGCUGUGGGGACAGCUUCAGGGAUCAUUGUUGUCGCAGAAACAACAACAGGAUGCCUUCUUGCAGGAUCAGGACUUGGCAAAAAAGGACGGUCUGCUGAAGAUGUAGGCUACCAGGCAGCUUCAAGUCUCCUUGACAAUCUUCAUCAUGGUGGGUGUGUGGAUGAUUACCUACAAGAUCAGAUCAUAAUUCUGAUGGCUUUAGCGAAAGGAAAGUCUUGUAUUCGAUCUGGGCCACUGACUCUGCAUACAGAGACAGCAAUCCAUGUAGCUAAACUACUCACUCAGGCAAAAUUUACUGUAAAAAACUUGUCCCAAACACAGACAAUAAUUGAAUGUGAAGGAAUUGGGUUAGUGAACAAUGGAAUUUGA